AUGUCGUCCACAUGCAGCGAGGACUAUCAGACAGCUUCGGAAGGCCUAGACCGCGCCACUCCCAGCCAGUGGAAAGCCGUCCUCCAACGCAAUGGAAUUGAGAAAGCGGCGUCUCCCGACAUAACCAAUCCAUUCAUGGUCAGCCAACUGAGAGCGAACCUCGAGCACCAUAAGAAAACGUAUCCUCAGCCGGACGAGAACGCUUGGCCAAGCUGCUCCGGCCCCACAAAUCCCUUCACAUCGAUACAGCUCCGGAUGAUACACGGGUCUCAUGUAUACAACACUCGAUCGAAGAAGAGGAAGCUUGGAACCAAGCACCCUGCCCUGCAGGGCCCUGUGCUUGAACCCUGCGGGUCAAGCAACCGAAACCGUUCCAUAUAUCAUGGUGAUCCCAGGAAACGAGGCGGCACUGUUCAGCCACUUGGACUGCGUUCCGCUGCCGGUGGCAAGCCAACGAAGUUGGGCCGCUAUCUUAAUCACAACAAGCCAAGGAAGCAGGUCCGCAUUAUUUCUCAAAGCAAGCCGAACAAGGGGAACCGCACCCAAGUUCUCGAGCGCGGCGAGUCCAGCAAGCAGGGCUCGCGUGCAGGUGCUCAGCUGAGAACACGCGGCUCUCCGCUAGUCGGGCCUCCAGUCUGCCGGCAGAGCAUCACAAGGGCAACUCUCAAGGUAGAAGGGUGCCUCAACAUCAGCACUCAGAAAAUUGGGCUGUUAGAGGAGCACGUUCUCCACACCGCGAGCGAGGUAGCUCUCACCCAGUCGCAGCAUGACUUUGGCAUCAGAUUACGCAUUGCCAAGCUGCCAUCAGAAGAAGCGUGGGAAGCAUUGAGCUGGCCACUUGAACUGGACUUCUUCUUUGAUCCCAACAGCGAUGCCGUGCUGGUCGUCAACAAUACAAUACUGGCAACGCGGGAGUUGCUUCUCAUCAAGCAGCUGUCAACGGCGCCUAAGAAAAGGCCGACCAAGAUCGGUGCUUUCGAAAAGGCAGCCCUCGAGUCCUCAUCCUCAUAUAGCUUUUUCGUGUCGGAUAGACAUAUGUUCGACAUCACUGUCCUCCCACGACGCUAUGUGGCCUCAACUUCGGCGCCUCUAAGACUGCUGACGCAAGGCGGUAAAAGGACAGUUGAUAUGCUGUCGCAGCAAGCCGUCCCGUCGGCAGCCAAGAGGAUGAAGACGAGAGCAAUGCACGGCCAGUCUAAAGGCAAGGAGAAAGGGAAAGAACCAAUGGCCUGGUGGGAAGAGACGGAAAAGGAAACAAGCCACCUGGCCAAGAACAAGGGCAAAGGAAAGGGUAAGGCAACCGACGAACCGAGUAACUCAAAGGAGACAACAAGCGGACAAGACACACCGGACAGACAAGAGACAACCGACGCAUCGAAGGCAUCCACCGCCAUUCAGACGCGGUCAUCCACUGAGCUCGUUUUUGCAAGCGCUUCUCCAUUUCCCAGCGGUUCGGAUCUUCGAGCUGGAUACAUCUCAACUGCCAAACAUCCGUUGAGCGAUCUUCCACAUAAUGCUUCCAUCAAGAUUGCCAAUGCCACCAGGGAGGAAGAUUACACGCUCAUCCGCAGGGACAUGAUCGCAAACCAACCCUAUACCGUGGUUUUCAAGGCUCACCAUUCCAAGUUUUCUGGACAGCUGGUAGCGGUCAAAAUAUGGCACAGUGUCUUCGAUCUCGAUUUUGUUCCCAAUGCGGGCGUGAGGGUUAUAUCCCAAGUCAGCGAGCAUUUCAUACGCGAGGUGAGAAAUCACACGAAAGUGAACGAGCAUAGCACAUCGAUGCGCGUGACCUGGCCAAAUUUCGCCAUCGUGGAAAGAAUCCCCACUGCACUCGUCCACAAUGACAUCAAGCCGUCGAAUAUCCUCUACACUCAGGAUAGGGGCCCUGUCCUUAUCGAUUUUGGGUGGUCGUCUGACCCGGAGACUGUUCAUGUCGCGGGAACCCCUUGGUAUAUCCCGCCCGAAUACCCAAGGGAAGGUUCGCGCGGUCCAGCGGGUGACAUCUUUGCCUUCGGCGUUGUCAUGCUGUUUCUGAUGCGCAAGAUCCCCCUCCCUGAGCUUCUGUCACCACCGUUGAAAUGGCAGAUCGGUCACCUGCGGUCGAAGGGUCCCGAAGCCCUUGCAGCUAUGGAAACUAUGACUAGAUGGGUACGGAUCGUUGAGAAAGUUGUGGAUGAGCUUAGAAAUGUUUGCGAUGAGAGUGGUGGUGGGAUAAUAGAAGACGUCGUCAGUCGUAUAGCAGAGCCUAGAGGCGAACGUAGACUGACAGGGCCUGAGAUGAUUUGGAUGUUGGAAUUGACCAUUGAAGGGAGUGGCUAG